CUUAACAGCGUGCAGUGUCAUUCGUGAUCUUGGUCCAUAAGCAAGCAUGGUUCGGUGCCGUUUUUGGGCGAUUUUGUUCGCCGUGAUAUAUUGCUUCAAGGGGAUUGCGUGCGCGGUAGGUUCAGCGUUGUCAAGUAGCAGCGAGGCAGAACCCGGUCUCGAUUACCAGAAGCUAGUUGCAAAACUGGAGAUAUUGGACACCAAAAUCACCCGCGUGGAAGUGUCAUCACGGGAGCAAUUUUCCUCACUUGAGUCGAAGCUUGAUAAGAUUUUGCAAUUGGUUGAUAAUCUUGGCCAGUCGAUGCACACGGCACAGAAAGACAUUGGCGCUGCUAGAGAGGAGAUCCAGCAAUUCCAAAAUCACUCUCAAGGUCAAUUACAAGCACUAGCCGGUAGUGUAUCGAUUAUUGAGUCACUUUUAGUUGAAAGUCACCGACAGAAGCAAGUUCAGCCAACGAGAAGUGAGUCGACUGCGAUUCGCAAGACGGUUCCAGUUGAGCAAAGAUAUUUCGAAAGCUGCGAUGUUGCGCCGAGGAAUGUGUCCGGAAUUGCUAGACUUCUACCCGAUCUUGGAUUUGGUGAACCAUUCUUUGUGUUUUGCGAUCAAGAUUACGAAAGUGGAGGGUGGAUAGUGAUUCAGAAUCGUUACAAUGGUUCGGUAAAUUUCUACCGCGGAUGGAGAGAAUACAAGAAUGGAUUUGGAAGUUUGAAUGGUGAAUUUUGGCUAGGUUUGAACACUAUUCACGCUUUGACCUAUUCAGCGCCAUAUGAAUUGCACGUUUUGUUGGACGAUUUCAAUAAUUCGACGGUAGUGGCAAAAUACUCACUGUUUGCUGUUGGCAAUGAGCACGAAUCCUUCGCUAUCACGAAGCUUGGUGACUAUAGUGGAACGGCAGGAGAUGGUUUAUCUUACCAUAGGGGAUCGAAAUUCUCCACAAUGGAUAUGAACAAUGAUAUUCCAGGAAAUAAUGGUGGAGUAGACUGGACUGGUGCAUGGUGGUAUCGAAAAGGACAUUACAGCAACCUCAACGGUCAGUAUUUGUCCGGAAAAGUCGAUCACACGAAGUUUCAUGGGAAAGGUAUGACAUGGAAUCCCUUCAAAGGCGAUGAUUACUCGUUGAAGCGGUCCAGGAUGAUGAUCAAGCGUAUAUUGUAGUCAGCAGUAGAUAGUCAACAAGCAUUACAUGAUUCGAAACAUUGUUCCUCUUUUAUAUCAAAAUAUUCCAAAUUUAUAUCAAUUGAAAAGGUAUAAAAAAA